AUGUGGCGGUAACGCCGGAGAGACAGAUUUACGUUUUCGACACUGACACCGAAACUAACACAAAUUAACUGUAUAAACCGAAAGAAGAUGUCGAUCUUACGACAGAUAUAUCCCACAGCCAUACAAAAGGCUCAUCCCAUCGAUCCCAUCUACCUGGACAUACUUCGCUAACGAGCAACGAGUAAGGGUGUAUGUGUGUCUUUCAAGUAUUCAAGUAGGCGAGUGUAAAACGUAGUUCUUGGAAAUUCUGAAAAUAAUGUAUGAAACCGUAUGAGUUGUGUGAUGUUAGGCCAGUUAAUUCAGAGUGAUAAAAAUCAACAGUACUGAAAUUUGUAAAGAAAAAUGUCGGAUGAAGAGGAUACUACAGUUCUCCUCAGUGGGAAGAAUGAAGAUCGCGAAAAAGCCAGUGCUGCACUUGCGGUACAGCAACCUGUCAAUAUUACUGGCGCAGAUGUGACACAUGUGGCGUUCAGAAGUGACAUUUCUUUGUUAUUGACAUCAUUUGUCGCAGUUUUUGGAGGACUUGCCUUUGGCUAUGAUAUGGGUAUUGGGACAAACAUAAUUUCACAGAUUAAGGACACUUAUGAACUAACGUGCUUGGAGCAGUAUAUGGUAUCUAGCACAUGGUUUUUUGGAGCGAUAAUUGCGUCUUUUGUUGGAGGUAUUGUGAUUGAUGGAUGUGGGCGAAAAUGGACCAUCUGCUGCACUGCAGGUCUCAUGAUGCUGGGAUCUGUGUUUUCUGCACUGGCUAGUUCAUUUCCACUUUUUCUGUGUGGUAGAUUGGUGGGAGGUUUCUCAGGUGCAUUGUCUGCUGUGACACAGUGCAUUUAUGCUGCUGAGGUGUCAGAACCACAUUUAAGGGGACGUGCUGUUCUGCUUCACCAGCUGGGAGUGGCUACAGGGUUAUUGCUAUCAAGCAUAGCUUGCAUUGGUGAUGACACACAGUGGCGCAUGAUGAUAUGGCUGAGUGCAGUUCCCGCUGUUAUGCAGGGUCUUGUGACCCUCAUUUUUCUCCCGUAUUCACCACACUUUAAGCUUUUACAGAUGUCCCAAAAUCUCCAAACCAAGCAGUCCACUAGUUGUUCUGCUUUGGGGAAUGUUGUUGAGACAUUGUUGCUGGCUUUUGGUUUGGUGUUCCUCCAGCAGUUCUCAGGGAGGCCUGUUGUACUGUAUUAUGCACCUAGAGUGUUUCUUCUUGUGGGAGUCUGUCCAGAUACAGCCUUUACAGUAGCAGCUAUAGUUUUGAAUAUUAUUAAGGUAGGUUCUGUAUCUCUGUCACUGUGUGUCGUGGAUAAAAUUGGACGAAGACUAUCUUUGAUAGUGGGAGCAACUUGUAUGAUGACUAGCAUUGCUCUGCUGGGCCUGAUAUCAGCCAUGGAAGAAAGUGAGGUGGACCUAGUACUCAGCCCUUCUUUAGACCCUUGUGGGAGCAUAAAAGUAGGAGAGCUGGUGCCUGUUCUGCCUUCUGGUGGAGGUUUUCACUAUGCUACUGGAGCUGGAAUGUCGUCUCCACUGCUGCCAACUGGAGUCCCACCACCGUUUCCCCUCCUGCCCACACCAGUAUCUCUGGUUGCUGAUGACACAUAUGCUGGGGCAUCACCAUUGUGUUCUGUUCCAGUAAAUACAGCAGUUUCGCCAUCAUUGCGCUAUCUUGCUCUGUUUGCUGUGAUUUGUUAUGAGAUAGCAUAUUCUUUUGGGCUUGGUCCUCUAACAUGGCUUCUGUUGACAGAGAUAUUUCCAGCAUCAGUGAAGGGACGUGCCGUCUCUCUGACUACUUCAUUGCACUGGUUUGCGGAUUUAAUUAUCCCUGUCACUUCUACAUAUUUUAUAAGUACUGUCACAAUAGGGGGAGUGUUCUUCAGCCAUAGUCUGGUGUGUUUGAAUGCGAUCUUCUUUAUAUUUCUGCUUAUACCUGAAACAAAAGGAGAAUCUCUGCAUCAGAUUGUACAGGGCCUAAAGAUCAGGUCUUCUAAAACGCGGAUGUAUCAAAAUCUUCAAGGCUUGCCUUGCCUCACUAAGAAUGCAUGGCUUCAGCAGAAGGCAAGGCAGUACCGACAAGUAUCGCAUGCCACUGUGGAGAGCACCGUCAUUUGAGGUUCAAGACAGAGUGUAGGAUGACAAACUUGUCCACCUGCAUCUUGACAUGUUUCCACAGAUCCAGUCUGGUCAGAAGUCUCACAUGGAGUCACACAGCAGUUGGCAAAGAAACAGACCUUAGAACUACAAAUGUUUGUCUCAACAGUAGCAGACCACAGCACAUCAAUUCAAGCAUUAUCAAGAAAGGACUUCUGGCUGCCUGGAAAUUUGUACCAAUCAAACAUCCUGGAUUCUUGCAUAGUAUUCUCGUCAAAUACUGCAGACAGCCAUUGAUGAAUUUUGGCACUUUUAAGUCAUGAGUGAUCAGAAGUCUCAUGACACAACAUUACAGCUGCUACACAAUCAAAGGCUUCAUUGUAUGCUGAGUGACAGAAUAAUAGAAAAUAGGAAUUCAUACAUCUGUUAUUCAGGGUCAGAUACCUACUCAUAGUACACUCAACUCUCGAUUAUCCGGGAUAAUGGUGGGGAUGGAAAUCAUGAUUAAUCAAAAACCGGUUGAGACAAAUUUUAUUAAAAGUAGUACUGUAAUACUGUACCUUCAUAAUACUGUCGC